UCUCUCUACAUAUAUAUAUAUAUAUAUAUACGCGCAGACACACAUGUAUAUACCUCACUAUAUGGGCUAUGUUCAUUGAACACAUACAGUACAGCCUCCCUCCAGGGGUUUAUCAAGCUUCAUUUUUCUUCCCCUUUUUUCAUCUUAAGAUUGUAAAUUGGAAGAGAUGGCUCUCCUCAACAGGCUUCCUUCGAUCUCUUCUUCAACCCAAUUCAGAAAACAAUCGAAUUCCCAGAACCUCUCCCCAGUUUGCUCCCUCCAAUUCACACCCCAUUCUCCCUCGCCCUUCACGGAAAAACACUCCAUCGAGCGCUACCAGAGGGACCAAUGGCUGUACAAGAACCAGCUGACCCGACCCCUUUCCUGGCCUCUCCGACCCCACGAUCCCAGCUCAAUCCGGGACCACGACAUUGCCCUGCAGCUGCCGGAGCUGAAGCGGCUGCUCGAGGUGCUGAGAGAGAAGAGAGAGAGAGGAGGCUCCGGCGGCGGCGAAGGCGAAGGAGAAGGAGAAGGAAGAGGCCCCGGGAACGUUUUCUUGGUGGGUACCGGGCCGGGUGACCCGGAGCUGUUGACAUUGAAGGCUGUGAGGGUGAUUGGGGGCGCUGAUCUUUUGUUGUAUGAUCGGUUGGUGUCCAAUGAGGUGUUGGAUUUGGUGGGUCCUGAUGCGAGACUGCUGUAUGUUGGCAAGACUGCUGGGUACCAUAGCCGGACCCAGGAGGAGAUUCAUGAGUUGCUCUUGAGCUUUGCAGAAGCUGGGGCUACUGUUGUAAGACUUAAAGGAGGGGAUCCCCUGGUGUUUGGGAGGGGUGGGGAGGAGAUGGACUUCUUGCAACAACAAGGGAUCCAUGUGCAAGUCAUUCCAGGUAUCACUGCUGCUUCAGGAAUAGCAGCAGAGCUAGGGAUUCCUUUAACACAUCGAGGUGUUGCAAAUAGUGUCAGAUUUCUUACGGGCCACUCAAGGAAAGGAGGAACAGACCCCCUAUUUGUAGCAGAGAAUGCAGCUGACCCCGAUUCAACAUUGGUUGUUUAUAUGGGCUUGUCAACUCUUCCUUCACUCGCUCAAAAGUUGAUACAUCAUGGUUUGCCUCCAGACACACCGGCUGCUGCAGUUGAGCGAGGGACCACCCCUCAACAACGCAUGGUUUUUGCUGAACUGAAGAACCUUGCUGACAAAAUUUCAUCGGCCCAAUUUGUAUCACCUACACUGAUAAUUAUCGGAAAAGUUGUUGCACUAUCACCAUUCUGGCCCCAUUUCUCCAAGGAUGCACCCUUCUUACUGGAGGCUCAAUAAGAUAUCUGGCAUAGGUGAGGAAUUUUUUUCCCAGGAGACUUCCAUCGCUCCCUUGGAGCUUCUUUGUUUGGUAAAUCUGGCUGCUUUUGAUGGAUGGAGUCUAUUUUGGAGCAUGGUAUGCUUCUAAAUCAGUGUUAAAUAGAGAGCAUUCAAACUUGAGCCUCAACAUGGAUUGGUUAAAAUUAAGCCAAGAUUAUGAAAAGUGUAGUAUAGGUCCAUUGCUAACAGAUGAGAGAAUGAAAGAAAUUUUGUUUGAUUCUUUAAGGUAUUUCAUUAGAUGGGCCUCACUUUGUAAUCCAAAUAACAUCAGAAAUUUGCCAGUUUUUACAAUUAAUUCUAAUUCUUGCCCCA